AUUUCCCGCCACGAUUCGUCUCUGCGAAGCUAACCAAAAAUUCAAAUUCUGCUCUUCUUCUUCCACGGAAAAUAGAGUUCUCGGCGAGUGUUUGUUUUGGAGAGAAACGUACGGGUUUGACAGUGAAGCUCUUCAGUACGAUUUUACAUUUCCUGUUGCAGCUGUAAGCAGCGCCGAUUGACAUCUUUCCCACCCAAAAAAUUAUGCCAAUGGAGGUUGACGUGCUUAAAAAUUUACAUGAUGAUCGAAUGAGCAACUGUUGGAGUCUUGGUAGUUAUUAUCAUCCAUCCAGCCAAUCUAGAAAGAUUUCAAUUGGAAUGAUGGUAGACCAUAUAACAAAGAGAAGAUCUGCAGCUUCAAACGAAGAUGAGGUUGUGGAGCCAAAUGCAGAAAGAAUGAGACCAAGUGAAGAAAAUAUUUCAGAAGGAAGAAAAAGAGCAGAAGGAAUGAGAGAUGCUAUCAAAAGGAAGCAAAUUGAAGCUCCAGAACAACCAGGUUCUCCCCGGGUAAGCACUAGAUCCUUUGAUGAAAAGUCACCUCAACCAGAGACUGUUGCACAUGCCAGAUCUUCCACUUCACUAACUACUAAGGGGAAGCAGAGGAAACUAAAUGCAGCAAAGGAUGCACCGGUGAAUUACUCAGUUCAUUUAUUCACAAAUCAAACCUCAAUGGCACAUUCUCGCGAUGGCGAGGGGAAAAAGUUUAGCGGUGACACUUAUCAGAGCACUGGAGAAAGAGAUGGUAGCUUACAGAGGGUGGAGGAAUUUACAUUUGCCACAGGUCAUAACGUCACUGUGUCGGAUGAACGGGUGGUUGAGGGUAUUACAGGUAAAGCAGAGAUUGAGAGAACUGAAACUUUGAGAAUGAAUCUUGUUCAGAUACUAGGAACUGUUUCUUCGCCUAAGUGCCAGCAUUCUCAGAUUAAUAAGGAAGAGGGGAAUAAUUUAAAGCAAAACCAAAUCUUUGAUCAAAAUGGUGAUGCAGUUGUUAAGCGAGUUGUUGAUAGAAAGGGUGAGACAUCUGGCAAGCCUAACCAGAACUCAGAUUUAAUAGAAACAGAUUCAGAAAUUGCCGAUGGGACUAUUAAAAGACCAGUUACUUGUUCUUUGACACGAAAGACAACUAAAGUGCGACAUCUCAAAACUAAGGGUGAUCCAUCCUCUAUUCACAGGCAGAAACAUCAGGAGAGGAACUUAUUCUCUUCCAAAAGAGGGUGGUCUCACGAGCAAGAUGGAGUUGUAAAAGGUGGCUCCUCAGCUUCUCUGAUGAAGAUGUAUCAGAAGAGAAGUUCCAAAAUUGAGGCACGCAAGAUUUACUUUCCUGAAAAAAAUCGCAUUGAUGAGAUUCCAAGGGAGACUUACAAAAGUGAAAUACCAUUUCCAUCUGAGAGACCAUCUCCACUUUGUAAUGCAGGAGAUUGUUGCCCUGCUGAGAAUCAGAGAGAAACAAACAAAAUUGGUUCGCAGGUUGAUAUCCACAGCCAUGAAGUACCAGAAAAUGGGGUUCAACAGGAAGACACUGGUUAUAACUUUUCGAUAAACAUUCCAGAUCCACAAGAUGAAUUCCAAAGUCCAGCACAAAGUGUGCAGAUGGAGAAGGCUGUACGCAGUCCAGCACUUGCUGAGAAAAUGUUUAGUGUGAAAAAUAUCUGUAGCUUCCAGAAUUUGCGCACUUCAAAAUCAGAUUUCUAUGAAUCAAAUGCGGGUUUAGAAUCAUCAGCUGAUGCAGAGGAACCUAACAGUUCUCCACCAAGGAAACCAGCACCUGUAAAUGAGAUUCAACAUGAAGAUGUUGAUCAUCCAUUUUCGAUAAAUAUUCCAGAUCCACGGGAUGAAUUCUUAAGUCCAACUUUUAAAAUUAAAACACCCAGUUCAAGCUCCUUCCCUCUCUCAAGACCGAAAACUGUGCAGGUGGAGAAUGGUGCUCACAGUCCUGCACUGGGAAAGAAAAUGUUUAGUGCAGAAAAUAUCCAGAGUUUCCAGACUUUGCACAUUUCAAAACCCUAUCAGUAUGAAUCAGAUGCAGAUGCUGAAUCAUCAGAUGAUGUAGAGGAAACGAAAGGUUUCCCUCCUAGGAAAGCAGCACCCGUGAAAAGAAGAAAAUUUGCAGUUGGCAGCUUUUAUGAAUCAUCAUCCGAAGAAGGGGAUUAUGAGAGCUCUAAAAAAACCCCUCUAUAGGUAAUAACCAUGUAGUAGAAGAAACAUGAUUAACAGAAAAUAUUAAAUAUUGACUAUCAGACAUGGGAACCCAGUUUUAUAGCAUGUUUCCUUUAGA